AGAACACCGCCUUUGCUGGAGAUCACCAACAACAAUACCCGAGUGCACACUAGUCGGCAUCAAGAACGUCAACAAUGCUGCCAAUCGAGGUCUUCCUCCUAGUAGCCAGCUCGGGUGCCCUGGCACUCAAUGAUAAACCCCAAGAUCACGCGCAUCAAGAUGUCCUCGCGGACAGCAGGCGAGGCCCAGAGCCUGUGUAUACCUACCGAUGCUUCAAAGAGAACAUUGAAAGCUAUCCACCACCUAAGCUCUGGCUGUCCUUUUCAGAGCUGUGGAAUAUCAACCGCGAACGAAUCCUAACAAGCAACGGCGGCAACACAUAUCUUCAACACCACAUACAACAAGCCAUUCUCAAAGUGUCGACAGAAUCUAACAUCGAUGCGCGCCUGAUCCUAGGAUUGGUCAUGGGCGAGUCUCGAGGCAAAGCGUCAUCACCAUGUGUUGGUGGCAAUGUGUCCAGAUGCGGAAUGUUGCACGCACUAAAUGGGUCGUCACUGGAUGAAUCGGAGAGCAGCCAUUCGGUGGAAAGGAUGGUCAGAGAAGGUAUCUCUGGCUCUCCGGAGCAUGGUCUAGGCUACGCUCAGCUUGUGCAAGGCAAGCCUCCGGUAGCAAAUGUUACUCCAGGGUGUCCUUUCUCGGCAGCCCGGGCGUAUCAUUCAGGCGCCGUGCGCGAAGAUGCGAAUGAAUUGGAGCGAGAUGGUCAUGAUGUAGAAGAUGCUGGAUUUGUGAAUGAUUUUGCGAAUCGUUUACUCGGCUGGGAUGGGCGCGGAGAGGGUUUUAAAGAGUGUUGAACGGGGUCUUCCAUGGCCGCGCGUGAUAUUUGUAUGCAGCAAAGAUACCCAUUUGCCAAGCG